ACAGUACCAAUCCAGAUGUCUGCUAAAGAAAAGAUAGAAGUCGAUGGUCGCUCCAUAUAUGUGGGUAAUGUUGACUAUGGGGCGACAGCAGAAGAACUUGCUCAACACUUUCAUGGAUGUGGUCCCGUUAAAAAAGUUACUAUUCUUUCAAAUAAGUAUACUGGCCACCCCAAAGGCUUUGCAUAUAUGGAGUUUGGAGAAAUAGACUCAGUUGAAGUGGCCAUGUCACUUGAUGGCUCACUCUUCAGAGGCCGACCACUGAAGGUAAGGCCUAAGCGUACAAACCUGCCAGGUAUUACCACCAGACAUCGACCUCCACGUGUCAUGAGAGCUGUCGUCCGUGGGCGAGGACGCUUUUAUUCUGGAUAUCGACCAAUGAGACCAUACAGGAGCCGGAAGGUCUUCUACAGCCCUUAUUAAUGGUCAUACAUUGCAUGGAAGAUUCCUACUUCCACUAUUGGUUUACUAAACGAUAUUAGAAUUAGAACUCAAAUACAAUAC